AAAGCAGCUGAGAGAUUCCCAAUUCAGGCAGUGAUCGUCACCUGGUUUUGCCGAACACUGAAGGCUAAGCAUGCAUAUAUAAAACAAGUUGUGCAGGGCCAAACACUUGAGUUCAGCAAUCAGCACUCAGCAGUGGCGUGUUAACUUAUCCACUUCCUCAGUACUGCAGCUCAGUGCCCUUCCCAGCCUCUCGCUCUCCCGACGCGCACGUCCCUCCGCGCUCCGAACAAGAAGCCGAGCCCAGACGCAGAGGAGGAGGAGGAGGAGGCCAUGGCGUCCAUCCCGUGCACCUUCCAGCUCAGCACGGCGGUUUCGAGGAGGGUGUCGCCGCGGGCGGCGGCGCAGGGGAAAGGCCAAGGAGUCGCGGGGCUGAGGACGCCGCUGGUGGGCGCGGGGCGGCGGGGCCUGGGGUGGCUCCGGCCGUCGCGGCUGAGCCGCGUGGUGCCGGCGAGCGAGAGCGGGCGGGUGGGUCCCACGUGCUGGUUCAAGUUCGGGAACAAGGACGCCGAGGGCGCCGGCAUCUACGGCAGCCAGGCCAGGGACGACUUCGACCGCGACGACGUCGAGCAGUACUUCAACUACAUGGGGAUGCUGGCGGUGGAGGGCACCUACGACAAGAUGGAGGCGCUGCUGAACCAGAAAAUCCACCCCGUGGACAUCCUCCUCAUGCUGGCGGCCUCCGAGGGCGACCGCCCCAAGAUCGAGGAGCUGCUCCGCGCCGGCGCCAAGUUCGACGUCAAGGACGUCGACGGCCGGACGGCGCUCGACCGGGCCACCGACGAGAUCAGAGAGUUCAUCCUCGGCUUCGCCGCCAAGAAGGUCUGAAUGAUCACGUGCAGGUCGUCGAUCGUGCCCAAUUCUUCUGGACAUUUGGCUGGAUGUAAAUGUUUCGUUUCUGAUGAAAUUGGUGGAGAGUGUUCGACCGGGAGGUUCACAAGCUGUUUGUUUGCAGAGGUAGUAGCUUUCCGUAGUAAGCUGCAUUCUUAGUUCUUAGUUCUUACUGAACUCUGAGGGUGUACUGCGACCGGCCAAAUCGCUCAAUAAGGUCAUGCUUCGUUAA